AUGUCUUUCAUUCUUAACACGAGUGUCUUCAUCGUGUCUUUCAUUCUCAGCACGAUUCUCCUCAUCUUCUUUCUUUCUGAACCCGAUUCUCCUCAUCGUGUCUUUCAUUCCAAACACGAUUAUCCUCAUCGUGCCUUUCAUUCUCAACACGAUUAUCCUCAUAGCGUCUUCCAUUUCCAGCACGAUUCCCCUUGUGUCUUUCAUUCCCACAGGUUUCUCAUCAUCGUAUCUUUCAUUCCCCAAAAGAUUCUCGUCAUCUUAUCUUUCAUUCCCAACUCUAUUUUCUUUAUCGUGUCUUUCAUUCCCAACACUAUUAUCAUAAUCGUGUCUUUCAUUCCAAAUGCCAUUCUCCUAAUCGUAUCUAUCAUUCCCAACACGGUUCUCCUAAUCCUGUCUUUCAUUCCCUACACGAUUCUCCUAAUCGUGUCUAUCAUUCCCUACACGAUUCUCCUAAUCGUGUCUAUCAUUGCCAACACGAUUCUCCUAAUCCUGUCUUUCAUUCCUAACACAAUUCUCCUCGUCAUGUCUUUCAUUCUUAACACGAUUCUCCUCAUCUUUCUUUCUGAACUCGAUUCGUCUCAUCGUGUCUUUCAUUCCGACACGAUUCUCAUCAUCGUGUCUUUCAUUCCCAACACGAUUCUCCUCGUCAUGUCUUUUAUUCUUAACACGAGUGUCUUCAUUAUGUCUUUCAUCCCUAAUAUCAUACCUGAUGGCUUGUAUGUAUCUCAGCAUCCAACAAAUAGCUAUCUCUCUUCAGAUUAA